AAAUCCAUGCCAUUGCUUCACAUUCUUAGCUUCAUCUUGCUUCUCUGCUGUAUUUCAUCCGAUCUUCAAGAAGAUAUAUAACCAUGCCUGCUACGACCAACGGUCAAGCCGCUUUGACGAACGGCGACGUCCACCUCACUUCGGCCGACGUGAUCCACCUAGAGCAUGAGCAUGGCGCACACAACUAUCAUCCAUUGCCUGUCGUCUUUGAGCGUGGCCAGGGUGCCAAAGUAUGGGAUCCCGAGGGCAAGGAAUACAUCGACAUGCUGGCCGCAUACUCUGCGGUCAACCAAGGUCACUGUCAUCCCGCCAUCGUUCAGACGCUCGUCACGCAAGCCCAGAAGCUCACGCUCUCCUCGCGCGCCUUCUACAACUCGCUUUUCGGAGUUUUCGCCAAGACGGUCACGGAGAUGUUCGGAUACGACAUGGUACUGCCCAUGAACACGGGCGCGGAGGCGGUAGAGACCGGCCUCAAGCUCGCGCGCAAGUGGGCGUACGAGAAGAAGGGCGUUCCGGAGGGCAAGGCGAUCAUCCUCAGCGCCGCGGGCAACUUCCACGGGAGAACACUUGGUGUUAUCAGCAUGUCUACGGACCCCGAGUCUCGCGGCGGGUUCGGGCCGUAUCUCGCCAACGUAGGCCCGUCAUAUUCGGAUGCGGAGGGUCGCCCUCACACGAUCCGCUACGGUGUCCUUGAGGAUCUCGAGCAAGCGCUGGCUGUCCACGGCAAGCAUGUCGCUGCGUUUCUCGUAGAACCCAUUCAAGGCGAAGCAGGAAUCGUCGUGCCACCGGAAGGUUACCUGGCCAAGGCGCAUGAUCUGUGCAAGAAGCACAACGUACUGCUCAUCUGCGACGAAAUCCAAACGGGAUUGUGCAGAACGGGUAAGAUGCUCGCCUGCGAGUGGGAGAACGUUCGUCCGGACAUCAUCCUUCUCGGUAAAGCGCUCUCAGGCGGAGUCUACCCCGUGUCCGCAGUGCUCGCGGACAAGGAUAUCAUGCUGUGCAUCAAGCCCGGCGAGCACGGAAGUACCUACGGCGGCAACCCGCUGGGCUGUGCGGUGGCGAUGACCGCGCUCCGGGUGCUCGUCGACGAGGACCUCGCUGCGCGCGCGCAGCGGCUGGGCGAGCUUUUCCGAUCGGAGGUGCGCAAGAUCGCAUCGCCGCUCGUGAAGGAGGUCCGGGGCCGGGGUCUGUUCAACGCGCUCGUGAUUGACGAGGAGAAGAGCGUCAAGGGGCGCACGGCGUGGCAGUUCUGUCUGCUGCUCAAGAGCCGUGGUGUGCUUGCCAAGCCGACGCAUGUGAACAUUAUCCGGUUCUCGCCCCCGCUGGUCAUCUCCGAGGAGGACUUGCUGAAGGCGGUGAAGAUUAUCGGCGAGUGCCUCGUCGAUUUGGACAGGCUGGACGAGAUCCCGGGCGAGGUCGAGAGCGAGAAGGGUUUCAAGGAUAUCAUUGAGAAUUGAGUAAGGGCCGUGCGCGACGGGAAUUGGAUGGAGGGGGAUCCAUGGUGGGAGGGACGAACUACUGCUCAGCGGUCGAAAGCCGACCGAAUCGGCGUGGCCUCCAACACGGAUUGACGUGCCUACAAAUUCAACAACCUCAAUGUAUAGCAUGUACAUGCAUGCGUCCAACGGAUAUUGUUGUAGCAAUUUCCAUGCUUUUGUCGGCUCCCGUAGCAAGGUCCU